AUGGCAGGCAUCUCAGAUCAGAAUCAAUCAAACCAAAAUUUGUCCUCAUCAGUGAGUCAUUCCACCAUUGAUGAUGGCUCCAGUCCGUAUUAUCUUCAUCACUCGGACAGUCCUUGUCUCAUUCUCGUUUCACAGCCCCUAACAGGUGAGAACUAUACUUCCUGGAGUAGUGCUAUGACAAUAGCAUUAUCCGUGAAGAACAAAUUGGGAUUUAUUGAUGAAUCCAUCAGUCGACCCGAAGGUAAUGUGGAUCUCCUUAAUUCAUGGAUUCGUAAUAACAAUAUUGUUAUUUCAUGGAUCCUUAAUUAUGUAUCAAAGGACAUUUCAGCUAGCAUAAUAUACUAUGAAUCUGCUCAUGAAAUCUGGACUGAUCUUAAGGAACGCUUUCAACAAAGAAAUGGUCCAAGAAUUUUUCAAUUAAAGCGUGAAUUAAUGAAUCACACACUAUGA